AUGUUCCGUGCUACACAUGCGGAGUUGAAAUCUCGCGAGAAAGAAAUUGAGACUUCCAACGAAGGCAUCUUUAAGGAACUGGACUCCCUCUAUCCCCAAAAUAAUUUUGAGAGUUUUUACGAGAGACAUGGGGUAAUUGUUUCUGACGGUGUUAUGGAGUCGGCAGGAGAUGGAGUUGGAAAUGAGUUGAUGAAGAGUGGCGAGCUUGCUUUGAUAAUGGCUUCUGUGCAGAGGCGUGGAACGCAGUCGAACUCGAACUCACUCCAGAUGCUGGGAGUUUUUGACCUUUCUCAUGAUGUCACCAAAAGGCCUGGAGAAGAUGGAGUCAAGGUGCCUUCCAAAUCACUCGAGAAUGAGGAGGCUAAGAAGACUAAGGAGGAGUUGGCGGUAUUGGAGAUAGAAGAGAAUGAUGGUGUAGUGGUGGUGAAACCUGAAUUGGUAGAGGUGAAGAAGGAGGAAGACAGUGCCAGCGGGAAUGGCACGCCUAAAUGGCGGCGUGGAAGGCUUGCAAAGAAGCACCCAUUGGACGCGUUUCACACGCUCCUUGUCGAAUGA